UAUUUGUUUAAUGUUUUGGAUUAUUGUUGGGGUCUUAAUUGCUGUUAUGUUAAUAAUUUCAAUUCUUACGGCAAUUUAUUUUAAUAAAAAUGAUAAAUCUAAGAAUGAUAAGGAAAAAGUUAAGGGAGGAGGAAUUGAAAUGGGAGAAGAAGAGGCUGGAGGAAAUAGUAACAUAAUAAUCGAAGAAGAGUCAGAAGGAUAUCAGAAUUUGAAUGGAGAGGAUUUGGAUGGAGGAAAUUUGGAUAAAGAAGAUUGCAAAGAAAUGGAAGAAGAGGCUGAAGGAAAUAAUUUAAUAAUUGAAGAAGAGGCGGAAGGAUAUCAGAAUUUGGGUGGAGGAGAUUUGGAUAAAGAAGAUUUCAAAAUGGGAGAAGAGGCUGAGGGAAAUAGUAACUUAAUAAUCGAAGAAGUGGCUGAAGGAUAUCAGAAUUUGGAUGGAGGAGAUUUGGAUGAAGAUGAUUUCAAAAAAAUAGAUGAAAAAGAUUUUAAUUUAAAAAGUGGAGAUAAUAAAUUGUUGAAACUUAAUUCAAUCAAAAUUGAUUGCCAAUGGAAAGUUGCAAAUUCAGACAAACCAGUUGUCUUCACAGAUGAACAAAAGAUGAGAGUGGCCUACCAUGAAGGUGGCCAUUCUGUACUUGCACGUCUACUAAAGAUAAACUUUCCAGUCACAAAAGUAUCAGUAAUUCCUGCACUUGAUUACCAUGGCAUCACAUUAUUUGGUGAGGAAAGAAUUCUGGAAGUUUUUCAAGAUUUAGACGACAAACUUGAGAUUAUGUAUGCAGGCGCUGCAUCUGAAGAACAUUUUCUCAGUGGUACACAUUCAAUUGGUGUUGAAGAAUGUGGCUAUUCGGAAAAAUUGGGUCCGUUAACUGCAAAACCAAAUUCGUCUGAAUAUCUAUUACAACUUCAAGAUGAAGAGACGUAUGCUUUAACAACAAAAGCUUGGUAUAGGGCAAAAGAAUCGAUCAAAAAAUAUGAAAAGCAAAUUCAAAAGGUUGCCGACUUUUUGUUUCAACAUGGAGAGCUCGAUUCUUCAAAACUUCAAAACAUUAUUGACUCUACGCCGAUCAAUGACGCCCAACAAUAA